AUGCUAACUGAAAAAGACCUGCUGGAGGAUGGUUUCGGAAAGCACCCCGUCCACCACUGCCUGGUGGCAGAAGUAUCCAAGGGCCCAGCUCUGUGGAAGGACACAGCAUUUGGUUUUGCCUCAGACUGUUUUACCUAUGACCCUUGGAUUGGCAGACUCUUGUGUCUUGAGGACUUCUUCGAAAGGAGUGAUUAUAGAAGCCUUGGGAUAGGGUCAGAAACUCUGAAGACUCUAAACCAGGUUGUGGAGAAAUGUCGCUGCAGCAGCAUGCACUUCCUGAGAGCGGAAUGGAAUGAACCGUCUUCUUCUUCUACAAAAAAAAGGGGCGCUUCUGAUCUGUCCAGCAAGGAGGGGUGGAGACUCUUUAAGAUCGAUAAAGAAUGCUUGCUAAAAAUGGCAGCAGAGGAGUGA